AUGUUCGACCUUGCAGGCAAGACACGUUCCGGAGUCCAUGCUGCAUAUACUAGGAUUGUUUUGACUCGCUUCGGGGUCGCAUUCAUUCUCUUGACCUUGAUACACUGCUUUGCUCAGGGAGCUAUUCAAGCAUCUCUAUACGUGGGGGACGCACGGGCGUUAUCUCUUCUUGAAAACAUCGUCCGCACAGCGGAUUUACCGGCAAGCAGUAUCUCGUGGCUACAGAGGCAUGGGUCCGGCAACUAUACGCUGAGCCUCUGUACGAAUCUGCCGAUCGCGGAAGGCGGGACGGAAUCUUGCGUUACGGUGUACCAAUCUGGAGCAGAAGAUUGGUCUGGAGCUGUUGUGUCAACGAAGAAUGAAGACCUUGCUAUACGGGACCUCACAGCAAACAUGUUCGUGCGGCGCACGCUCAAAGUGAAUGACAUAUCUGCGUCUCUCAACGCCACAGGGGGCAUAGAAGGGGUCAAUGUGACCUAUCAAAGCACUGGCGAUGACCAUGGCAAUGUAUUGCUCAGCAAUCAGUGUGUCCGCUCUCUGGUUUAUGCGGACGAAGCUAUGGGCGCUUCCAAGAAAGAGGACGCUGCAUUGCUGGGUUUACAGUUUUGGCUACUCAUUCUGUCAUUCGUGGGUAUCCUCUACAGCUCCAUUCCUCAGAUUUUGGCCGUCAUUUGCACACGCGUACUAAGCACCGCCUGGGCUGCAUACUCGAUCUACCAUACGCGCCGCCACGAAACCCUGUUCCGCAUCCUGUUUACCGAGCCAGACACGCCCUGCAACUUUAAUUUAUUCCCCACGCACUUCAAGACUCAAAUGGCUCUCGCGAUUGCAAACCUCGUGCUGAACGUCACUGCUUUGCUGUUCACUGUCUACCUCGGACGAUUGCUCAUCAAGAACUUUAAAGAGUACACGAUUCAACGCGUUGGCCCUCCUCAAGGCAUCCUCCGUAUUUAUCGACUAUUCCUCACGAUCUUUGUCUUGCUCCAACUUUCGGUGUUCUUCCUGGUCACGGUCGUGGGACUGUGGACCACCUGGCUGCUGAACGGACCGCUUCUCCACAUAUCGCUGCAUACUCCGAUCUACAAGGCGCUGUUCAUCUUCACGAUAGUGAGUCUGCCACCCUGGAUCAUCAUGGGCUUGUACGCCGUGCGGCGGGAGUUGAGGUCCCUCAUGGCCGGAUUUCUGUUCAUCUCUUUUAUUUAUAUCGCCUGCUGGACCAUCAUGUUCUACUCGCAAGUCUACCGCUGGACGUUCAUCACAUGGAUGUUCUUCGCCUGCAUGACCGUCGCAUCCUUCGCCGUCCUGGUCCUCACGACCGUCUUCGGCGUGCUCUGCUGGUUGAACUUCGGCAAGGGCCUCGCGGAGUACCUGGAUGCCGAAGCUGCGCUAGCCAAAGACAACUUCACGCCGGAGGUUUUCUCUGAAGACCAGACUGCCACAAAACCCAAGGACGUCCUGUCCGACCAGAACAUGCACAGCUUCGGGACUGUCAAAGAGGACAUCAACUGGGACCCCUACGACUUGGACCGAGCACCGAUCAUCGUCAUCGGACUGCAGGACCAACUGACACCUCGCGUUGAGGCAUGA